AUGCUUGUGAUUCUCUGUGGAAUAUUAAUACUCUUUUUGCAAUGCGAUAAUGCUUUAACAACUAAUAGUUUCGAAUGGAUUUUAUACUCGCAUAAUGGAUAUGAUAAUUGUUUAUUGUAUGACCAACGUUUAUUUUGUAGAGAUCAUAAUUUAAUUUCGAAUAAUGUGUCAUCAUGCACACAAGGAACCACAUGGUAUUUCUCAACAUUAAAAGAUAAUAAUACUACUGCAGAUGAUUUGUUGAAAUGGCGUAUUCCAUUUGAAACUGUUGAGCGUUAUGCAAAUUAUUUAGAUGAUAACUUAUUUAACAGUUAUAUCUGUAAUUGUACGCAUGAUCGGGUAGGUACAGUAUGCCAAUAUCUUCUUCCUGUUAAUUUGUCAACUAUUGCUGAGCUAUCGAAAGAUCAGUUACGCAAUCCCGCUGCUCGUGAAACGGGAUUGUACACAUGUUUAUUUGAUAUGAUCAAAUGUAAUACAGGUUUGUUGUGUUUGGAAUGGCGACAAGUUUGUGAUGGUAUAGUACAAUGUGAGGAUGGAGCUGAUGAAGUCGGAUGUCAUGAAUUUGAACUUCAAAUUUGUUCAUCGGAUGAAUUUCAAUGUCGUAAUUCGAUGUGUGUACCAAAUGAGUUUCUGUUUGACGGUGCGUUUGAUUGUAUGGAUUCAAGUGAUGAGCAAGAAGUAGAUAAAAUAAAAAAUAUUUUUGGAUUAUGUCCAACGCCAACGAUGUGGGAAUGUGAUGAACGUUUGUGUCGAAAAGAUGAAUUUAGUUGUGGAGAUGGUCAAUGUAUUCAUUGGUCAAAUCUAAUUCAUCAUCAAAACAGUUGUAAAAAUGCUCGAGAUUUAGCUUAUCAAUGUGAAUUACAAGGAUUUCCAACAAUGGCCAAUGGCAUUUGUCGACAGAAUGGACAUAGUCAGUAUCUUUCGCUCAGCGAAGAGAUGAGUGUAGAUCUUCAUAUUCUCACUCACACUCGUUCUAUAAAUACUAAAUUAAAAUAUUUUCUAGAAGUUCUACCUCCAUUGCAGAAUUCGACAUCAUGUUCAUUAGGUCUUCGUCACUUGUUGGUUGGAUCUGAACGCAAAAUAUCAUGGAACCAUAUUAUUGCCUAUUGUCCUGAUUUUAUUCAAUAUCCUGAACAACCUGUAUUAUCACCUGUUCUUACAAUGUUUUAUAAUAAAUCACGUAUUGUCUCAUUUUAUAAUGGACAAAACUUUGGAGUUGCAUUACCAAAACGAACUCCUGAUAUUGUCUGUUUUAAUGGAACAUUUAUAUGCACGGGCACUCUGAUAACAUCAACGAAUGGUACUUGUUGGAGUUUUGAAAACUACCUAUCAUUUGCGGAUCUGCCAUUUUUUCCAUUUUCAUAUUUAUUUUGUCAAAUGGUGAAGAAUCAACUACAGAAUAAUUUAUUACGAGAAUACUCUCAACCAUUAAUAAUUAAUUCACAAUCAUUCAUCUGUAAUGAAUUUGUUUAUCCAAUUGCUAUACGGCGAAUCAAUGAUGGAUAUAUUGAUUGUUUAUUUGGUGAGGAUGAGCAAAAUGAUCAGUACAAUAUCGCUAUUCCAUAUCGUUAUCGGUGCUCGGAUUUAUCCAUCACACAAUAUGUUAGUUACCAAUUAUUAGGUAACGGAAUAGAGGAAUGUGCGGAUGGGACUGACGAACUUUCUAAUGCAUUAAAUUGGCAUUAUUUUCGAUGUGAUUUUGGAGAAGAAUAUCCUUGUUGGGUGUUUCGUAGUGCAUACAUCGAUAAUAUUGAUCGUGUUAAUAGUAUGCAACUACCAUUCCAUCGAUACUGUGAUUCAGUUCGAGAUACGAGAGAUGGCCAUGACGAAAAAAACUGUUCUCAAUGGAUUUGUCCUCAAGACAUGUAUCAAUGUCGAACUACUGGACAAUGUAUUAAUAAAGAUAAUUUUUGUGAUGGAGAUUUUGAUUGUGACAAUGGUGAAGAUGAACUGAAUUGUUUCAUAACAAAAUCUCGAUGGAUACUUGAAGAUCAAUGUAAUAAUACUAAAGAGCAUUUUUGUAUCACGCAACACUUUCUUAUUAAUCAAACAUUGCACCGACCUUGCAUAGAUUAUUGGAAAGCAGGCGAUGGACAACUUGAUUGUAUGGGGGGACGAGAUGAACGAAAUGUUUUUGUUUGUCCUGAUCAUCAUAUAUUAGGUGAUCGAUUUCUAUGUGAUAAUGCAACAAAAUGCUUAUCAUAUACAGUUAUAUGCAAUGGUAUUAUUGAUUGCUAUGAUCAAACAGAUGAGCUUAUCUGCUUUUGGACCAGACAUGGAUGUAUCGAAAACAACUUUGCUUGUUAUGAUAAUAAGACUUGCACGCUUGAUCGUUGUUCUCACAAAUAUAGUUGUCCUAACAAUGAACACUUAUUUUGGUGUCCAAAUCCAUACGAAAGUAAUUAUCGAAUAAGUAAAGUUCGACGUCGUUCAAACUAUCUGUUAUUCUGUGAUAACGAAGAAUUAUUUAACACAUCGACAACAUCAUCGCCAAAUAUUCCGGCCAAGAGUAUUUCUAAUCUACAAUUACAUGGGUAUUGCAAUCGUGGUUUCUAUUUAUUGAGUAAAGUUGGGCAAGAACCGAUAUGUUUCUGUCCACCUAGUUUUUACGGACAUCGUUGUCAAUAUGAUCGGCUUCGUGUUACUAUACGUAUUCGUUUUGACCGUAGACAUCGUUCAGACCUGCCACCACUACUUCAUAUUCUGGUUGUAUUACUCCACAACAGAACCUUUAUUAUUGAUCAUCAAAGAUUUGUCGAUAUCGAUGAAGAGUUUCCUCAAAAACAUAAAGCUUACUUAAUAUAUUCUUAUUCAAAUCUCAGUGGUAAUUAUUCAGUUCAGUUUCAAGCAUAUGACGGACUGGAACUCUUGUCAGUAUGGGAAUAUCCAAUUAACACCAUUGGAAUUCUUCCUGUAUUUCAAUUAGCUAAAAUACUUCGAUUUUCUGAUCGUUCUUUACCAUGGCGAUGUCUUCACAAUCAUUGUCAAAAUAAUGGAUCAUGUUAUAUGAUCGGCAAUAAUGAUGAAAAUAAUUAUUUUUGUCUUUGUCAACGUGGUUGGAAAGGAAAUCUAUGUACAGAACCUCUCAAACAAAACAAGUGCUCAUUACAUGCUCUUGCUCUAGAUGAAGAUCUAUGUGUUUGUCCAUAUGGGUAUUUACCACCUCAUUGUUUCUUUCGUAAUACUAUUUGUGAAAAACAAAUUUCGACUUGCUCGUCAACAAACGGAAUCUGUUUACCUUUUUCUACUUUACCUCCUCAUGAAUAUUGGUGUUUUCAUGAUAGCUCUAAAUCUGAUGGAUCAUCUAAGUCUAUGCUAAUGUUACACAGACGAAAGCCUAAUGAAGAGGCAUUUCUCUUACAGUUAUUGAAAAUAUCUCUAGACUAUCCAAAGCUACGACAGCAAAUGCUAAUACCAAAAUUAACAUCUUUUCCUAUUACAUUCAUCAUCAAUAGUAGAGAUUCAAUAUACAAUAUAACUUUACCUGAAAUUGGUCUAUUGUAUACAUAUGAACGUCAACGAGAUUUUGUGGCUGUUCAUUUGAGCAUGCUUUAUAUUAAUUGUAGUAAUAGCCUACGAAAUUUUACUACUGAUCUUAGUUCUCAGCCAUCGCAAUGUAAGUCAAUUUCUACCCGAUCGCCUAUGAUACUUCUUAACACUUUUUGUUGGCAAUCUGAAGUUCAGUCAUGUUUCUAUUCGCAAAAUUAUAUUUGCUAUUGUAAAAUGAAAACAAAUCGUAGCGAAUGUUUAACUUACGAACAACGAGAUAUGCAGUGUGGUCAUUGUCUCAAUCAAGGCUAUUGUAUUCAAGGCAAUCUGCGAAAUAGUAGUGAUUUUGCUUGUGUUUGUCCAAAAUGUGUAUUGGGUGAUCUUUGUCAAUUUUCUACCAGUCGGUUUUCUAUCGAACUUGAAAUGUUGAUAGAGCAAACACAAGGCAAUCGACUUCAUUUACUUGUACCUAUUAUUUUCUUUUGUUUUGGAAUGAUCUUCAACACUUUGGAAAUUAGUACAUUUAUGAAACAAAAUGCACGACAAGCUGGUGCGGGUCUUUAUCUUCUGAUCAACGGUUUUAUUAGUCAGUUUGUACUUGUUCUUCUACUAACUCGUGUUAUAUAUUUAAUUUUUGUUAAACAAAUGACAUUGGGUUUGAUUACAAAUCAAAUCUUAUGUAAAUCGUUACCUUAUCUAAUGACAACUUUCAAAAAUAUUAGCAUGUGGCUCAUGAGUUUUGUCACUGUCGAACGAGCUCUAGCAGUUACAUGGCCUUUACACUCGCGAUUGUUUCGUACUCCUCGAUUUGCUAAAUUAGUUAGCAUAGUAACACUUAUAUUUCUAUUUAGUUCUCUUUACACGCUUAUCAUUGAGUAUAAAAUAGUCAUCCGUCCCGAUCGUUCGUACAUCAGCUGUGUCAGAGAAAUUCCAUUGCAUCAAAGAAUUAUAGUACAAUAUACAUCUCUAGCACAUCAACUUAUUCCUUUUCUUCUUAAUUUCAUCGCUGGAAGUGCGGUGAUUAUCAAUCUCGGUCGUUCUAAAGCACAUAGUCAUCAAAAACCAUCUCGUUAUACAAUUGCUGAACAAGCUCGUCAACGAGCCGAUCUACUUAUUGGACCAUUUAUUUGUUUCAUAUCUGCAUUACCGCAACUCAUCGUAUUAUUUUUAGAUGCAUGUAAUUAUGAAGAAAAACAAUUGAAGCCAAUAAAUUUUUAUCAAAUUCCAUUUUCACAUUUUUGUGAUAAAGUUCGUUGGGCAUUAGAUUUUUAUUCAUUACCAUAUAAAUCAAUUAACUCUAGUUCUCGUCGAAGUUCAGCACUUAAAAAUGCUCCAUCAAAUUUACAAAAAUUAGUACCUAUUAUUGAAGAUCCAAAUAAUGAAUCUACAUUUAUUUCUGAUUCAACACCAAUUCUACUCUAUCUUGACAAUCAUUAUGGUGAUAAAAAAACAUUAUUUCAUACAAAUAUGAUUGCUAAAAACGAUAUUAUUGUGCAAUAUUGUUUAAAAUUAGAUAGUGAAUUAGAUAUACGAAUCGAUCAUCAAUCGACUAAUAGAAAUAUAUCAAAUGAGUUGAAUUUAUAA